GCUCCGCACGCUGCGCAGUGACGCCACGACGUUAACGCCUCAAGGGGGGCGGUGAUGGGGGGCGGGGCACGCGAGCCGAUGCGAUUCUAAAUAAAGGCGAGAGCACCGUUUCAUUACAAACGCGUUGAUUAAAACGUUGCAAAGGUUUGAGACAUGCCUAUUCGACGUGCAGCUGGGACUGCGCCCCAGGACACCGCCCCUAAGAACGUUCCAGAAAGAGCUAAGCCUGAUGCUGGCUCAGAGGAAUCUGCCUCCACGGGAGAGGAGCAGGAGGCUCCUUCUGCCGCCUCUGAGGCCGGAGGAGACGUGAAGGAGGCGGUCGACAAGACGGGCAACGGCGAGACCCCAAAGGCAGUGGAAGAGGAGAAGAAAGAGGAGGGAGAGGCAGAGGAAGCUGGUGACGGGGAGGAGAAGGGAGAAACAGAAAAGGAUGCUGGGAAAGAGAAGGAGAAGGUCAGGAAGAUAAAAAGGACCAUCCCUGCCUGGGCGACUAUGUCGUCCAGCCGCCGUCCCGCCACCCAGAAGGCUGUCGUGUCCCUGUACAACCAGCCAAAGGUGGAUGACAUCCUCAUCGAAGCUAUCCAGGCCUGUCAGGAGAAGUCGGGGGCUUCCUCCUUUGCUGUCACGAAGUACAUCAUGAAGAAGUAUGCGUCCUUGGAGCUGGAGAAGAGGAAGUUUCUCCUGAAGAAGGCCCUGACACGCCUGGUGCAGAAAGGCGUGGUGAAGCAGCUGAAGGGGAAGGGAUUCUCUGGCAGCUUCAGCGUUAACAAGCAGUCAAAAUCCACCAAGAAAGCUGAGCCGCUCGGCGAUUCGCUUCCGCUGAUCAUCACCCGCCUCUGUGAACCCAAGGAAGCUUCUUACUUCCUCAUCAAGAAGUACUUAGAGCAGCACUUCCCGCAGCUCAACGUCGAGCAGAGGCCAGACGUCUUGAAGAGUGCCCUGCAGAAAGCUGUGGAGCGAGGUCACCUGGAGCAGAUCACCGGCAAGGGAGCUUCUGGCACAUUCCAGUUGAAGAGGGUUGGGGACAAGCCCCUUCUGAAAGGGGGCCCACUGGAAGAUGCCAUCGUGACAGCCAUCACAGCCAUGAAUGAGCCCAAAACGUGCAGCAUUGUGACCCUCCGCAAGUUCCUCCUGGAGACUCACAAGGACAGCAAGGUCUACAACUUGGUGGGGAACCUGAAGAGGACCCUUCAGAGGUGCAAGAUGAUGGGCUGGAUGGAGCAAAUCACUGGAAAUGGCCUGAAUGGAAGCUACCAGCUUUGCUACCCCUACUACCCAAGUCCUGCUGUCCUGUUCCCAGAGAAACAGAACACUCCAGAGCCGGGAAAGCGGAAGCGUGGGAGGAAGGAGGACUCUGAGGAGGAGGAGUCUGAGGAAGACGAGUCUGAAGAGGAGUCUGAGGAAGAUGAGGAGGAUGAACCUCCUCCUAAGAAGAGGAAACAGAAGAGGCGUCCGGCCAAGCUGCCGCGGCCCCCCACCACUAAGAAGCGCUGGCCGGCCAGUCAGGUGAAGGCGAAGGGUAAGAAGCCUCCCCCAGCAAAGAGGCCGGUGGGUCGCUCCAAGAAGCCGACCCCCCCAGCUCGGAAGCCUGCCCCCAAGGCGGCCGCCAAGGUGGCUGCCAAGGAAGCCCCGCCCACCAAGGAAGCCCCGCCCACCAAGGCAGCCGCCGCCCGGAACGCCGCCAGCAAGAGGGCAGGGUCGUCUGCCAAGCCCAAAACACCAGUCGCCAAGAAGCUUACCAGCAAGGCCCGCACGCAGCCGGCAGCGAGGAAGACGGCCGUCAAAAAGGCCCCCCCGAAAUCGGCCGUCAAAGCCAAAUCGGUGUCGCGGAAAUCUCUCCGAUCUCUGCGGUCCCGCAAAUAAGCUCCGUGGGCUGAUAGAGGUUCGCCGUCUCUAUCAGCUGCUUAUCCGUAUCCACUUCCCUACCCGUUUUCAUUUUUUAUUUUAUUUUAUUAGAGUCAUAUGUAAACAGUAAACAAAGUGCCCAUUACAACAUUGCCCCCCCCCCCCCCCCCAGCAGGAUAAAUGUAAAAAUCUAUUAUAAUAAUAAAGAUGUGCUGAGGCAGUUCUAAGCUCACGAUACAUAGCUAUGUUUUCCCAGUCCUUCCGUUCGUAUAUUAAUAUGAGAUGUAUACUGGUUUCCCCCUAUUAAUAUAGCAUAUUUAGAAAGUGAAAGGACAUAAAUUAUGUUAAGGUGACUGCUCUUCCAAUAUAGUAGUUCACAGGGAAGGCUGAAGAUUUUUUUUUAAGUCAUAUUAUUUUAUUAAUAAAACUUAAUUUCGUUUACCCCUUACACACGAAUGUGAUGACUCUCAUAUAGUUCGUUUUGUGAAGUUUCAUCUGUUGAUGGAAGAUGGGCGCGGUUACCUGUGUAAUCUUAAAUCUGGUUUCAAAAUAGUGUUACAGAAGCGAUGGACUGGCGUUUAGUAUUGGGUUAUAGUUUCUUGUGAAUAGGGGCGCACAAUUGUCUUUUUUUUUUCUUUUCUUUAAGUGGAAGUCCUGAAACCGCCGUUUAGGGAAAGCCUGGGUUGGAGAUUUUUUUUUUUUUUUUAAAUUUGCAUUAGUAAUAAAGCUCACCGGGAAAGAAAAAAAAUCAGAAGAUUCAGUUUAGUAAUUUUGUGUAAAAUACAGAACCGCUUUAGACGGGGGGGAGAUGGAUGACGUUGUAUGUAUUAGUAACUGACUGUGAUCACCACCAGUUUUUAGAAAGAGCCUUGCUCGUAGAUACUUUGCAUGCCCGUAUUCUUCAGUUGUGAUGCCCAUUUAUUUAGUCAUUAAUAAAAGUGACUAUAUUUGUACAUUUA